AUGAGCGAACCAAACCAGACUUCUCCCACCACCACCAGCGGCAACGCCCCUCGCCGACGAAGCUCCGGCUGGAUGCCUGCAUUCGAAUCCCUCCAGCAGCAGAAGAACAACCAAGAUGCUGCUCGUCGCCAGAGCAUGUCCGAUCAGCAGGCCAAGGGCGGCAUCUUUAGCCAGUUCUUCCACAAUAACUUUGGCCGGGAUACAAAGUAA